AUGUCGCGAUCGAACAUAUUAUGUAAACGUUUGCACCAAGAUAUUGCUGAAUUGAAGCGUUUGAAUACAGAAGAUGCCGAAGUUCGAUUCAAAGUAUUACAGUCGCCAUUCGACGAUGACGAUGACGACGACGACAUGCCCAAGAGUGUUGCACAAAAAGAAUGUGAACUAAUUGGUCUAAUCUAUCCUCAAUCGAAUAUAUACAAAGAUGCUGCAUUCAAAAUUAAAAUCAAUUUGCCUCCAACAUUUCCAAUGGUUCCACCUACCGUCACUUUUGUUACUCCAAUCUAUCAUCCAAAUGUAACAGACAAAGGUAGGCUAAAACCGGCUGAUUCAUUCUCGACUCCAGUAAUGCAUAUAGGAGAGUUCUGUAAUGGACUGUUAACAAGAAACAGCAAUUGGUUAUCAACUACAUCUUUGAUCGAAGUUGUUAAAAUUGUUACUCAGCAUAUCGAUGAGCCUGAUCCUGCUAAUUCGAUCCGUGCAGCUGUAGGUGUUGAGUACACAAACAAUCGAGCUCAGUUCGAGAAGAACGCACGAGAACAUAUUUUAAAAUAUGGUGAACCACGUAAAUGA